ACAGGUAAGAUGAAUAUUACAUAAGCUUUCAGACAUUUCUGUUGUGAUCAAGUGAAAGAGUACUGCACUGCAAAAAAUGUUACAACCAGUGAAAAAGGCUAGAUUUUCUGAAUUCAAUUUCUUUAAAAUGUUCAAACAAAAUCAGAAUAGGUUUUUAAUAACUACUCAAAGGACUUAACUUCUCGACUGGCACUAGUGAUGUGAUGUGUUUGCACAGUUCCCUAUACAUUUGAAGAAAACCAUUUAGACCAAAUAAAAAGCUAAAAAAAAGUAUUAUGUCAAUAGUCAACUGAUAACAACAAAGUUGUAAUUUCAUUCAGCAUCUUCCUACAUUUAAAGCAGCUGCAACUAGAAAAAUAUGAUCACUAACUAAUUUUAAAUUCUUUGAGAAAUAUUUGUGUGUGUCUCUAACAAAAAUAUAGAGUUUCUUUAUGUAAAUUAUAAGCCUGGCAUCACCAGACUAAUUCGCAAACAUGAGCUCAGCAUAUUCGUCUGGUUCCAAGGCUGGUAAAUUAUAUUCUUAAAAUUUUAAUGUUUCUUUUUUGUUCAUUUUAAAUAGCGUGGGGAUAAAUACUAAAGAAAACCACACUAUACUAGACCACUUCUAUGUUGGCCAUAUUCCUCUGGGCUUUGAAAUAUAGAGAUAUCAGAGGGCCAUGGGUGAGGAAAACUGAGGGAGGAGACCAACCCCUGUUUAUAUGAGCUUUGAGGCUCUGGGGUUUGGGAUUAAUAUUGUAGAGCUGGAGUUUAAUCCAGUUACGUGUAGAGACAGUGACGAGUAAAAGCGGAGAGAAAAAUGGGGAUGGGACAAAGUGAAAGGGUGGGUUAUGGGGCGGGGGAGAUGACAGAGAGAAUGAGAGUAACAGAGGGAUUAGGGUCAGCCAUGUUGAGCUUCUGGCUUAGAGAUGCUUUUGCACUGUACUGCGACGCAUGGACACAGGGAUUACACAGCGUACAUAUGAAGUUGUGUCAUCUCUCACUGUAGAGGCCAACGUGACAGACACAACAUAACAAACCAGCACAACGUGAAUAACUGCGCUGAUUCUGCCUUUUUUUUUUUCUUCUGACAGCUGACAUGAGGUUAGUCAGUGCUGGGGUCCGGGCCCGGAGGGCUGCGGAGCCGUCUGAACCGGAACCAGAGGAAGCAACAGAGCCAGUUCAUCACGAGCACUCUCAUACAGAACACCAUGAGCACUCCCAUACAGAACAUCACCCCGGCCACGACUACAACCACAUGAAAGACAAGUUCAUGAAUGAACUCAGUCAUCUGCCAAUUCCCAUGUGGGCAGUAGCAGCCAUUGUUGUGGUGGUCCUGGUUUUGGUGGCAUGCUUCAUCUUCUGUGUUUUCAAAAAAUGCUUUGGAAAAAAGAAAAAGCCAAAGAAAGUGAGGGAGGGGAAGACAGGCCGCCGCAGAAAGGCAAAGGAAGGUGAAGGACAGGCUGGAGAGAAGGAGGGGGAAGUGAAGAAGGAAGGGGAGGAAGAGGAGAAAGAACAGGAAAAGUUGGGUAAGCUGGAGUUCUCCUUGGACUACAACUUCACAGAUUGCCAGCUCAUAGUGGGUAUCCUUCAGGCUCAGGAUCUCGCUGCUAUGGACAUGGGGGGCACCUCAGACCCCUAUGUCAAAGUCUUUUUGUUGCCAGACAAAAAGAAGAAGUACGAAACCAAGGUUCAACGCAAGAAUUUGUGCCCCGUUUUCAACGAGACUUUCAUUUUCAAGAUCCCGUAUGCAGAGUUGGGUGGAAAGACUUUGGUGCUGCAAGUUUUUGACUUUGAUCGUUUCUCCAAGCAUGAUAUGAUUGGCGAGAUAAAGAUUCCCAUGAACAGUGUUGAUUUGGGACAGCCAAUGCAGCAGUGGAGGGAUUUGGAGAGUGGUGAGAAGGAAGAGCAAGAAAAACUGGGCGAUAUUUGCAUUUCUUUACGGUAUGUACCCACUGCUGGGAAACUUACAGUGAACAUCAUGGAGGCAAAGAAUCUGAAGAAAAUGGAUGUUGGUGGCUUAUCAGAUCCAUAUGUGAAGAUUGUUCUGCAGCAAAAUGGAAAACGCAUUAAGAAGAAGAAGACAACAGUCAAGAAAAACACGCUCAAUCCCUACUUUAAUGAAAGUUUUAGCUUUGAUGUCCCCUUUGAGCAGAUACAAAAAGUGCAGGUCGUCAUUACAGUGUUUGACUAUGAUAAACUCGGGAGCAACGACCCCAUUGGAAAGACCUUCAUGGGUUAUGGAGCUACAGGUGUUGGCCUGCGCCAUUGGUCGGACAUGCUGGCCAAUCCUAGACGUCCAGUAGCCCAGUGGCACACUCUCCUGCCGGAAGAAGAAGUUGAUGCGGCAGUCAAAGCAAAACCUCGCUAGAGUCACACCUGUCUCAGUUCAGAAAACAUGCUGUUUAUAUGUUUCCUCGGUGUUAAUCCUAAUGUAUUUUCAAUUUGCAUGUUCUGUUUUUCAUACAUUUUGUUUCUUUUGAGAUACUUUAACAUGUUUGUAUAUCUGCGGGUGUGAUGUACUGAUAUGUUUGAUAUUUGGUUGUUAUUAAAACCUCCGCUUCCCCUAUAAACCUGUUACAUCUGUAAACCAAUAUAACUGUGUACUUGUGUACAUGAAAAUUACCAAAAUGUAAAUGUGCAUCCGUUGUGUUUGCUCAUGCAUGGGCCUAGCAAAAUUUGGAUGCAUUGAGGAAGGAUUUCAAGAUAACUCUGUGUUCCUCUGAAAAGUUUUAGACAUGGUAGAGCUUCUACAUCUCAUGUUUUGUACAAUGGGCCUUUUUGCUUAUUUUGUAUUGCUGUGGUGCACCAGAGUCCUAAAAAUGUUUGUUGUAAUGCUCUGGAUCUUUUCAAAAGCUAAUAA